AUGAAAAUACCAUGGAAGGUGGUAUCUUGCAUUGCAGUGCUAUUCCUGUUUUGUUUUAAUCUUCAAACAUGCGAGGCCCAGGACUACGAAGGCGACACCACCAACCCAGCGGCGCCACCUCCGGAGCAAGAGAAUUGCGACGGUAUCUUCGUGUCGUACACCUUUCUAGAGAGAGAAAAGGAGUUCCCCCACGUGAAGAACGCGUCUGCACAAUCAUGGGCGUUCAGUUCCAUGGCGACGGUCUUGAACGCCGGCGCUUAUGAGCUCAAGUCAUGGAAGAUAUACGUGGGAUUUCAGCAUGAAGAGAUACUGGUUUCGGCAGAUGGGGCUGUCAUUGUCGACGGAGAAGAUUUUCCGGCGAGGGUUGGGAACAAUGGGACUCAUAUUGCUGGUUAUCCACAGUCGGAUUUGAAGACGGCAAUUGAUACAGCUGGGGAUGUGAAUCAAAUGCAGGUGCAGGUGAAGAUGAAGGGGACGCAGUUCGGGGUGAAGCCGCCUGGUGUUCCCAUGCCGAAGACGAUCAAGCUUGUGAAUGAUGGGUAUAAGUGUCCUGCAACAAAGCGUCACGCAUCUUACAUGUACGUCUGCUGUGUAAGAAACCCAAAAUACAAGGCCAAAGUCAUCAAAACAAAGUUCUUGCCACGCCAAUAUGGAGAUCUAUCUUUCACAUACGACGUUCUUCAAGCUUAUGAAGGUAAGUAUCAAGCCCAAGUCACCAUUGAUAACAUCAAUCCUCUUGGUCGUCUUGAUCACUGGAACUUGACAUGGGAAUGGAUGAGAAAUGAGUUCAUAAACAGCAUGAAAGGAGCCUACACUCACAAAAAAGACCCUUCUGAAUGUAUUUACGGUGCGGCUGGACAGUACUACAAGGACUUUGAUUUCUCAUCUGUCAUGAACUGUGAGAAAAAUCCGGUCAUCUCCGACUUGCCGGCCACUAAAAAAGAUGACGAAAAGGUUGGGAAAUUGCCAUAUUGUUGCAGGAAUGGAACUUUGUUACCAACCACCAUGAAUGAGACCAAGGCGAGGUCAAUUUUCCAGUUGGAAGUGUUUAAACUUCCACCUGAUUUGAACAGAACUGCUCUUAAUCCACCACAGAACUGGAAGAUCAAUGGCGUAUUGAAUCCGAAUUAUAAAUGUGGUCCUCCUAUUAGGGUUGAUCCUACAGAAUUUCCAGACCCAAGUGGGCUAGCUGCAACAAGUAAUGCUGUUGCAAGUUGGCAAGUGACUUGCAACAUUACUCGUCCCAAGACCAAGCAGGCUCGGUGCUGUGUCUCCUUCUCGGCCUACUUUGCCAACUCCGUCGUGCCUUGCCGGACUUGUGCUUGUGGUUGUGACGACAAUCAACGUUGCAACCCGAACGCACCGGCGAUGCCUCUACCACCGGAAGCUCUUCUUGUGCCUUUUGAUAACCGGACGGCCAAGGCGAAAGCAUGGGCUAGAAUCAAGCACCAUCAAGUCCCUAAUCCAUUGCCAUGUCCAGACAAUUGUGGGGUUAGCAUAAAUUGGCACAUAGAUACAGAUUACAAAACUGGUUGGACAGCUCGAAUCACACUCUUCAAUUGGGAUGAUUACUCUUUUGAAGAUUGGUUCACAGCAAUUCAAAUGAAGAAAGCUUAUCCUGGUUAUGAAAAUGUCUACUCCUUCAAUGGUACAAAGCUGCCUCAGCUCAACGAUACCAUCUUCAUGCAAGGUUUACCUGGUUUGAAUUACUUGGUGGGAGAGGUGAAUGGGACUCAUCCUGAUACUGAUCCAAGAGUGCCUGGAAAACAACAAUCUGUGAUUUCAUUUUUGAAGAAACACACUCCUGGUAUAAAUGUAGCUAAAGGUGAUGGAUUUCCAACAAAACUGAUCUUCAAUGGCGAAGAGUGUGCUCUUCCCACAGAAUUACCUAGUAGAAGCGGGGCGAAUCGUUCUCGGGUUGGUUUCUUUCCGGCAGUUCUCAUUGCUGUCAUGACCUUUCUGCGAAUGGUGGAUCGAUUCCAUUGA